AUGAGCCAAGAAGCCCCAAAAGACGAUGUGGAAGGUCUAUUGGAGGGAUUCGCGACCUCGGUUGAGGUAACCCCCAACAAUACAGCCGGCGAUCACCCCAGAUAUUCGAUGUAUAAAAACUUUGGAAAGCUUCAGGAGAACCAACGGCAUCGAAGGAAUGAAGUCUUGGAGAGACAGAAGACGUAAAAAAUUGAAACAUUUAUUAAACGUAUCGUAUUGUAGCGCACGAUUGUCAAGGCUGGAUGCGAAUCGGACGAUCUCAGAUGCGAGUCAGCCUGAGGUUGAAGACGAAGAUGGGAAUGGGUUUAUGGAGGUGGAUCGGAGAAGAAGACGACAGAAGAGCCAUGGGGAUGACAAUGAUAAGAAGUUCAAACCACGGUUCCAAAGAAAGGACAUGAAAGGAAGACUCAUGUACAGCGAAUGGUUGAUUGAUAUUCCACAAGAUCUCCAAGACGCCUGGCUGGCUCUACCUGCACCAGCUGGGAAAAGAGUCCUUGUCCUCUCUGAAAACGUAGGUUGGGAGUCAUUAUGAGGACACAAAAUUCUUCCAGUUUUAUAAAUAUGAUUUUAUUUUCAGGCAUUCACUUACAUUUACGACAAACGUGGUGCUCAAUUAUCCCGAUUCAAAUCUUCCCUGAACAAUCACCAACAGACCAACCUUAUCGACGGAAUCCUCUGCAAGAACACCAUUUAUGUUCUCGACUACCUCAUCGCCAAUGAUAUCCCAUUGGAAGACUGUGAGUAUGAUUGUAGAAGAACCAUGGGAUCCAGUUUCCUUCGAGAAGCCGGCUGCUUUGAUCAGAAUGAUGGUCAAUUUAAUUUCGCCGAGUUACCAGCUGUCCCCGCCCGAAAAGACGAGCUCAAGUUGUUGAUGGAACGAGAAUAUGACUUUACGUUGGAUGGAGUUUUGUUUUACUAUUCAAAGGUAUGAUUCAUAAACUGAAUCUGGAAUAUUAUAAGUUGGCAUCCUUCAAUGACCUUAUUCUAGGUGCACUACUAUAACGGACAGACCCCACUGGUGGUAUGGCUGAAACCGUGGAUGCUUCCCGAGAUUCUCGGCGUGCCCAUAAAUCAAAAUUAUCAAAAAGAAUCCCAUCAAACACCUCAGGAAUUCAUCUCCGACUUCCAUAAGAAGCAUCCCACCUAUGGCCUCCCUAUCACCAAAAAGGAGCACCGAAAGAGCGAAUCCCACGACGAACCGAAGCCGAACUAA